AGACGCAGCCAGUAACGCGACAGACUGCGACCGGGGCCUCCCGCCCGGUCGCAGGACGAAGGCGGGGCAGAGUCCAAGACCUCAGAAAAGGACUGACGGCAGCGGCGGCGGUGCUCAUUCAGCCGGCUCUUCCCGCGGUUCCCAAGCAGCCGCAACAGCCACACACGCAGGUGGCGCAGCCGCUAGGUUCCCGCGCCUCCGGCCCCACCCGGCCGCACCCGAGGCCGCGCGCGUCACAGAGCGCAUGCGUGCCGCAGGGGAUGCCGGGAGCGCGCAGUGGCGGCAGCGGCAGCGGAGGCGACGGCAGUAACAGCGGCGGCUCCAACGGGGACGCAAGCGGGGCGGUGACCGUGUGGGAGGUGGUCUCACUCUUAGGGAAACUGCUGGGCACCGUCGCCGCGCUGAAGGUGGUUCUGUACCUGCUCCGGGUGUGCUUAGCGAUGGCCUGGAAAUCCGGCGGCGCCAGCCACUCGGAGCUAAUCCACAACCUCCGCAAAAAUGGAAUCAUCAAGACAGAUAAAGUAUUUGAAGUAAUGCUGGCUACAGACCGCUCCCACUAUGCAAAAUGUAAUCCUUACAUGGAUUCUCCACAAUCUAUAGGUUUCCAAGCAACAAUCAGUGCUCCACACAUGCAUGCAUAUGCACUAGAGCUUCUAUUUGAUCAGUUGCACGAAGGAGCUAAAGCUCUUGAUGUAGGAUCUGGAAGUGGAAUCCUUACUGCAUGUUUUGCACGUAUGGUUGGAGGUAGUGGAAAAGUCAUAGGAAUUGACCAUAUCAAAGAGCUAGUAGAUGACUCAAUAAAUAAUGUAAGAAAGGAUGAUCCAACCCUUUUGUCUUCAGGGAGAGUGCAGCUGGUUGUGGGGGAUGGAAGAAUGGGAUAUGCCACAGAGGCCCCUUAUGAUGCUAUUCACGUAGGAGCUGCAGCCCCAGUUGUACCCCAGGCACUAAUAGACCAGUUAAAGCCUGGUGGAAGAUUGAUAUUGCCAGUUGGUCCUGCAGGUGGAAACCAAAUGUUGGAGCAGUAUGACAAGCUACAAGAUGGCAGUGUCAAAAUGAAGCCUCUGAUGGGGGUGAUAUACGUGCCUUUAACAGACAAAGAAAAGCAGUGGUCCAGGGAUGAAUUGUAAAAGCAACAUCGGCUUGACCAGUCUAUAAUAUUAUAGUGGAUUGCUCAUCUCAGUCCUUAAAGCUUUUCGAAAACCAACAUCAUCACAGCUUGUUUUGGACUUUGUUACACUAUUAUUUUCAGCAUGAAAAUGUGUGGUUUUAUUAGGGUUUCAAAUUCUUCAAAGAGGCACAGAGCCAAAUUGGUAGAGGAAGGAUACAAAGUAUAAAGUUGUGUACUAUUACUUUAACAUGCCCACAUUUUACUUUGAAAUAUUAAAAGAAAGUGUUCUGCAAAAUGGAAAACUUAGUUCAUGAAUUGAUUUUGAGGAGUGAUUUUUCUUUUCUUGGACACUUAAUUCUGUUCUGGUAUUUAUCAGAUUGCUUUUGUGCAUUGGAUAACAACACCAUUCACAAGUUCAGAUUUUUGGUAUUUGAAUGUCUGUUAGAUGCUACUAAAAAAAUAGAGAUGAGCUUUCUUUUUAAAGCUUUCGAUGUGGUGUCAUAGAAUAGCAUGUUGUAGAUACAAUCAGCUGCUUUGUUACUUUAAACUAGGCAUUUGUAAAUAUUAAACCUUAAGAUGGCAGGUCAUGUCCUGUAAACACUCAGCUGUUCAGAUUGGACGUAACUGAAAUAGUUCUUCCUCUCUCUCAAAAUUAUAGGAGACUUGUAGCUUAGUGGGGUUUUUUUUGUUUGUUUCUAAUUUGCUGCUGAUAAUGUAUAUGAAUUUAACAUGCUGUGUAAGCUGUGUCCUAGUUACUGAACAGUUUAUGCAGUGCUGCUUUGCCAAAUAAAGUUAAAAGUAAAAGAGA